AUGGUCCUUGACUAUAGAUUUGACGAUCUCAACAUAACUUCCAGGCUUGCCAGAGCUGUGUUACAGCAGAGAGAGCAAAUAGCUCAUGAUAUUUCUCCUCUGAUGAGUAAGCUCCAAAAUCGCAGGUUUAAAUUUGAUCUGGGAUUGAAAGAAAAGGAGCUAUGUCCUCCCAUGCCAGCAUCCAUGCUUUUCUUUGUCAGAGGGGUCACAAUCGCAAAUGCCAACAAGUUCAAAAAUGAAGAGAGCAGAUCAGGCUUGAGAAACAAGGAGCCCUCGGAGCUCCAUCUUUCAUUUUCCACUUUGAUAGAGAAAAAAACAGGACUUCCAGGUGCUCGGCUGCCUCUUCCCAGACCGAGCGAAGCGCCCGCAUGGCCGCCACCCACGUCCUCCUUCCCGCGGCCCUCAGGAAACCGCGCUUGGCGGCAGUGGACCGCCAGCAGGUCCGAAGGUGACAGUGUGGGAGAUUCCGUCCAUGGGAAACCUUCCGUGGUGUACAGAUUUUUCACAAGUCUUGGACAGGUCUAUCAGGCCUGGCUGGACAAGUCUACUCCAUACACGGCUGUGCGAUGGGUGGUGACGCUGGGCCUGAGCUUCAUCUACAUGAUCCGAGUUUACCUGCUGCCAGGUUGGUACAUCGUGACCUACGCCUUGGGAAUCCACCAUCUAAAUCUCCUUAUAGCUUUCCUUUCUCCAAAAGUGGAUCCUUCCUUAAUGGAAGAUUCAGACGAUGGCCCCUCGCUACCAACCAAACAGAAUGAAUUCCAGUCCUCCAUUCGAAGGCUCCCAGAGUUUAAAUCCUGGCACGUGGUGACCAAGGGCAUCCUGGUGGCCAUGGUCUGCACCUUCUUUGAGGCAUUCAACGUCCCGAUGUUCUGGCCCAUCCUGGUGAUGUACUUCAUCAUGCUCUUCUGUAUCACGAUGAAGAGGCAAAUAAAGCACAUGAUCGAGUACCGGUACAUCCCGUUCAUGCACGGCAAGAAGACAUACAAGGGGAAGGAGGAUACAGGCAAGACGUUCGCCAGCUAG